UCUCUCCUUUCUCAUUCAUUGCUGCGCCUUCAUCCGCAGUCCAAGCUAGCUGCUCAAGGAAUACGUUAAUCGUAAUUCUUACUCUUCGAAGCAAUGGAUUUCCACGGCCUUACAAGGAGAGAGCUGCAGGCGUUCUGCAAGAGGAAUAAAAUCCCAGCCAACAUGACCAAUGCUGCCAUGGCCGACGCUCUCAGUGCUCUCGAGAUCGUUGAAGGCAUUGAGGAUUUUAUGAAGACAUCUCAAUCAGAAAGCACACAAUCAUCCAUUGAGCUACAAGACAGCUUGGAGGUAACAUCUCCAUAUGUUCCUCCAACUGGUGGCCGGAGCACACGACGGAGAAAUGUCUCCAACGCCGAACCUUUGGUAAUGACCACGGCUCGACGAACUACCCGGAAAACUGCUGUCAAAGCGCAGGCCGAUGCAAUGGAAACUCCGGCAGUGGCGGCCCAGGCUAGCCGAAGGAGGGUCCAGAUUGCCCCAACGUGUCUUGAACUGGAUUCGCAGUUGGAGAAAUGCGUGGAACAGAAGAAGGAUGCUUUGAUGACCCCUGCUGCAGUGGGGGCUACUAGCCGGAGAAGAAGGGCCGAGGAGACAGAGAAGAAGGUGUACAGCACACGACGAUCGGCCAGGUUGGCAGUGAAAAGUAUGCCAUUGUUGAGUGGAGAAACUGAGCUUUCUAAAGAGGAAUUGUUUGCUAAAGAUUCUGAAGACCAGGAGGUGAAUCAGAAAGAAGUGUCAGGAGUUACUGUUGAAAAUGUGGAGGAGGAUAAAGAAAAAUCUGAGCUUUCCAAUCACGAAUUAUGUUCUAGAGAUUGUGAAGAUCAGGAGGUGAAUCUGAAAGAACUGUCAGGAAUUACUGGUGCUGAUCCAGUUAAAAAUAUGGAUGAGGAUAAAGAAAAGUCUGAGCUUUCCAAUGAUGAAUUAUCUGCUAAAGAUUGUGAAGAUCAGAAGGUGAAUCAGAAAGAAGACCACAAUGAACUGUCAGGAAUUACUGGUGCUGAUGCAGUUGAAAAUAUGGAGGAGGGUAAAGAAAAUUCUGAAAAGGAUAUAACCAUGGGAGAAGUAGAAAAGGGCACUGAUUUUGUAGUGGAAGUUCAACAUAAUGAAAAGAUAUGUGAUAACGCAGAAUAUCCUGCUGAUGAAGACACAGAAUUGGAAGUUCAACAAAGUGAAGGCUGUGUCGAUGCCCCCAAAUGUGAAAAUGAAGAAGUCACAGUUGAGAACUCAAAACAAGUUGAAGAUAUUGAGACCGAUGCAGGAUCUGAAGACGAGGCUGUGGAGUUUGAAAGCAAAUGUGAAACUGAAUUCACAGUUGAGAACUCAAAAGAAGUAGAAGAUAUUGAGACCGAAGCUGGAUCUGAAGAAGAGGCUGCUGAGUUUGAAAGCAAAUGUGAAACUGAAUUCACAGUUGAGAACUCAAAAGAAGUAGAAAAUAUUGAGAUAGAUGCAGGAUGUGAAGAAGAGACUACUGAGUUUGAAAGCAAAUGUGAAACUGAAGUCACGGUUGAGAAGUUGAACGAAGUAGAUGAUGAUGAGACAGAUGCAGGAUCUGAAGAUGAUGCUGCUGAGUUUGAAAGCAAAGUGGUAGUGUCUGAUGAUGAUGAGGUUGAGGUAGAGUGUGAAGAUGAUCAUGACUUGAAUGUGACAUUAGGUAAACUCACAGAGAUGAGACUGGAACAAGAAGUUGAUUUUGGUAUUCAUGAAGAGACGAAGAAGACUGAAACUGAAACUGUUCAAGUCGAAGAAAGUGAAAAAACGGAGCUCAAGAAGGCAGAAACGGAAACUAUGGAGGUUGAAGAAACUGUUGCUGUCCAAGCAGAUGACACGAACAAGGCAGGGAAAGACAAAGUGCGUCCUUUCAAAGAUGAGAGCUUGAGAAAGCUCUCCAAGAUGUUGAAGGAGAAGCUGCAGAUAUCGAGUAAACGAUCAAGCAACGAGGUCAGCCAGAGAGCAGCUUUGCAAGAGCUGCCUGAGAACACAUUGAUUGGAAAGCGAAAAAACCUUUGAUGAAGAGAGUUUUGAUGGAGUUGUGAGGAUAGAAGAAGAGAAGUGAUUAUUUGAGUUGAGAGUUUUGAUAUUUCAUCAAUCUGUAACACUCUACUGUUGUGGUUCUUGUGUUGAGGCAAGUUUUUGAUAUUUGGAAGAGUGAGUGAAUGAAGUUUAAGCUUUAUUUUACUAAA